UCCCUGUGUUUUUCUUCUCGUUGUAGCCACCUACUGCGAUUCCUCCCAUAUCUUUAUUGAUUCUGAGAUAAUCUAAAUCUACUGCUUCAGAGUCUUCUCUUCUUUUAUUUAAGAAUUUAAGUUCUUUCCUCUGAGCUUUGGUCAUUUUCUUUUGAGAAUUUUGUUCAAAGAAUUCUUUGAUAUAUUUCUUCUCCAUUUGUUGAUGAAUUGCUUCUUUUUUUUUGAGUAAUGAAUUCCAACCUCAGUCCUAGGAUCAGCUGUCGAUGACAUCGAAGUUUCAGAAGUUUUUCACUUUGUCCAUCUUUAGACUCUUCAUUGGUUCUGUGAUGCUGAAUUUCAUUAUAUAUUCGAUGUUUGAUUGAUUCACAUACCUGUGUUUCUCUGGAUCGUAAUCUGGUCUCAGGUGUACUAAGAGCAGUUUCACAUUGUUUUAGUCCUUGAGCAUUAUUUAAGCUGUUUGUUUUCAUCAGGUAGCCCUAUUCCAGUAACAUAUCCAAUGAAUCCUAAGCAAGCUUGAAGAAUUUCACUUUCAGAGUAUGUUUCAUGAGGUAACAUCUUAUACUCUUGUUCAAACAUCUACUUUGGUAUUCUUUGAGCUACCAGCUCCAUCGGUCCUUUGAUAACUCUCAAGUUAUCAAUUGGGAUUACUCCUCAUCAAACCAUUUCAGGUUUGAGGAAGCAAAAUUAGGAAAGACCAGUCCUGGGCAAUCUCAUUGGCAUAUAUUGCUUCUUAAGUUGAUUAUUUGGAAAUGCUUUGUUUUAUCUAACAUAGAAGCAACUCCUAAUUUCUUAGACCUGCAGAGAACAUUAAUUAAUAUCUAUUUACAGACAUUAGGAUACCCGAUCAUUCUAAUGCUGUGCCUUCUAUCUUUUUCCUCAGGUUUGCCACAUUUUUGCUUCAUAAAAUUUUUGAUGAGUUUCAUUAGUUCCUCUCUGAUAUAAAUAGUGGCAACUCAAAGUUUGUCCAAAAUAUGCCUAAUUUCUGUAAAAAUAGUAACUUCUAAUUCACCAAUGAGCUAUAUAAAAUCAAUAAUUUCCUAAUGAGAUUCGACUACCGAGUAGCAAAUUGCCAGGAGCCCUCAGGCUUGGAUCGGAGUGCAAGUGAAUUGUGUGCCAUUCUGAGCUGAUCUCUGCGCUAAGCCUAGCUCCACAGUCCUGCUCCUAGUAUACGAAAGCAGACUUGGAAUCUUCAGCCGUAAUCGAAAGUUAAAUUCUAUUAGAAACUAGAGCCGGCUAAUUUCUAUUUUGGUGAGAAAGCCAACCUUCCAGUCGGAAUGGUAUCAAAUCCUGAGGAAGCUGUACUACUUGACUUACAUUGAAAGUGAUCUUG